UGGACGGACGGGGCGUUAGUGCGGAGCCUGCUCCAAGGAAGGCAGCGCCGGGACACGCGAGACUUGCACGGGACACGGCCAGCUGGAGUAAAUAAUGGAUGAGGAACAGGUUCAGAUGCUCAAGCGAGCUUUUUCCAUGUUUGACCCGUCAAAGUCGGGCAAAAUUGAAAAAGAGAAGGUCCGUACUAUCCUCAAUACUCUGGGUCACACUUUUGACGAUCACGAUUUGGACAUUAUGCUGAAAGCCGAGGAUAUUGAAGGCACCGGUGUUGUAAGCUUCGACUCAUUCUUCCGAGUAGCCUGCCACUUCCAAGAGGAGGAUGACGAGGCUCUCCAGAAGGAGUUAAAAGAGGCCUUCCGCCUAUACGACAAGGAAGAGAAAGGAUAUAUACCAACAAGCUCUUUGCGGGAGAUCCUCCAUGCUCUCGAUGAUCAAAUAACACCUGAUCAAAUGGAUGGUAUGAUUGCAGAAAUUGACACCGACGGCUCAGGCACUGUUGAUUUUGAUGAGUUCAUGGAAAUGAUGACUGGUGAUUAAAGAUUCAAUUAUAUAAACGUUUCCUUGCUAUUAUCUGUGAAUAUUAUUAUUACGAUUAUU